AUGGAUCGCCUAGAAUGUGCCAACGACGUCGAACGACUGCGGAUACUGGAGCAACACUUUCACCAAGACAUAAACAGAAAGCGGAAAGAACCGGCAAUCCCAGAGGGGCCAUUAUCGGACAGUCCACCAUCAGACGUACCAUCAGAUGAGGAGAUGAUCGCCAAUGAGACAUCUGUGGACAUCGACGGGCGGAUAUGUUUUUUUGGCAGUACAAGCCUCUAUCAUUACAAGCCAGAUCAGUCGACAGUGUCUCGUACAAAUCCACCAGGGGAGCUAUCCAACACAUUAUUUUCACAGCCACAAGACGCUACGCCAACGUCACGAUUAUUGGACAGCCCAGCUGACUUCCUCAACCCUGUUGAGCAACCUGACAUUAAAUCGUACUUGAAUACCAAUGUCAGCUCUGAGAUAUGUAACGAGCUGUUGGAUACUUAUUGGUGUUGGCCACACAACAUCCACUUUGUGCUUUGCAGGAAGAUUUUCAUGCGGGAUCUCAUUACGGCUGGACCUUACGUGACUCCUUUCCUCGUGCAUGCAGUCCUUGCGCAAGCAGCUCGUUACUCUGACCGAACAGAUGCCUCGGAUCUGGGGAAUUACUUUGCUGAACAGGCAGUAAACCUCAUGGCAGCAGAGAUACAGAAAGACAGUUCGAUUCCCACCAUCCAGGCACUGCUCAUUCUGUCAGGGCAUGAAAGCAUCAUCGGCCGCGCAUCUCAAGCUUGGCUAUUUUCGGGGAUGGCAUUUCGGAUGAUGCGAGACAUGGGUAUACACAUCCAUGAGCGGAGGUUGAGCCUUGUAGGCCAAUUCUCACAGGUGGAGCUGGCCAUGCGGCGACAGAUUAUGUGGAGCUGCUACACCUGUGACAAGGCUUUGAGUUUGUUACUUGGCAGAGCGCCGACGAUUCACGACACGGCGCCCUUUCCUACUCCUGAAACCAUGCUUGAUGGGGAGGAGACCGAGGAAGAGGAAUGGAAACCGAGAUUCGCAACAACAUCAAUGCUGGAAAUUGGGGUUUCACAGAAGGCCAAGACCAACAGUCGAUUUGCAGCUUACUGUCGACUCUGCGUGAUAAUCGAUCGCAUCCUCACUACACUGUAUUAUCGUCAAAAGGCCUAUGUCGAUCCUCAACAGCUUCAAAGCUUCCUCGAGAGUUCCAUCGAAAAGCUCGAGGAAUUUGCGCUCAGUCUCUCACCUGAUCUGUUCAUUCGGGAAGACUGUCGGUCAAUUGCCUGCCCCCCUCUGCACAUCCUCAUCCUAAACUUACUAUACCACGCAACUUUGAUCCUCCUCUGUCGUCCAUACCGAUCACAACUGCCACGAGCGCGUGAAAUGGCAACCUCUGCCGCCGAGAUGAUCGACCGCCUUAUCAUGCUGCACAUCCGGAGAUUCGGGUUUCGCAUCGUCACCUAUUUGGAAUCAUACACCAUGUUCGUUGCCUCGACGAUCAACGUGCUCGACCUGAAGGACGGCAUCGACAAGGACGGCGCAAGGGCGCGACUUGCGCUCAAUAUUGAGGUUUUGCGGAGUGCAACCGGCACCCCCAGCAGCACGCGGUGCGUCACCAGCUCGCCAAGCAUCGCGCGCUGCAUCGAGAUCAUCGAGACACUGCUCCGAGAAAACGAAAAGCCCGUCGAGGCAGACAGGCUCCAGCACGGAAGACGUCCUGGCUCGCCACCGUCUGGCCUGCAAGAUGCAGAUGCCGGUGCCUUCCGCGGCCACCAACAACCGAAUGGAAAUCCGCUGGCAGCAAUGGCUCGGCAGCCACUGAGUUUUGACAGCCACGUCCCACACCCUUUGGAGUUUUCCAUCCAAGACGCAUGCGGUAGGGGAGAAGGCCAGCCUUUCUCCGAUUUCGAUCCGCCAUACUUUGACAGUUGGCCGUCCUUGUUCGACAACGAGUCGGCCGCUUUUCACAGCGAGCAGUCUUUCUUCGACACCUUGAGCGCCCUCCCACCAACCGUGCCUGGACGAGUUUGCAGCAUGGACGUGAGAGUCGAGAGGCCGUCUAGUCAUGAUGUAGUAGAUUGA